AUGUAUCUAAAGAAUUAUGUGAAUUAUAAAAUUUCACUUUCUGAGGAUAAUUUGUUUCAGACAAAGAAUAAAUCGAAAAUAAACCUUCAAUAUUUCACACUCACACAAACACAAACACACACACACACUUAUAUACAAAUAACAAAUCUGAUCAAGUACGUGCAUGAGUGAAUUGAUGAAAGAUAAACAAACUAUGUUAGGUUGACCACUAUUUAAAUUGAUGAGUCACCAAUAAAAACAUUAUCUAAUGAGAAGAUUUCUAUAGUUUAAAGGAGAUUUUUGAUAAUCAUUUGCAGCCGUGAACAUCAAUGGGAAGAUACAAGUAAACAAUAUCAAGUGAAUGAAAAACUUCACCCCAUUACACAAGCAAGUGUCUAUCAGGACUCAGUAGUUAAGUUUAUAACGUGAUGGCGUUUAGAUCGAACGGUACUGGUUUCGAGUCCCAGAAUGAACAUCAACUCUGAGAUGCAAAUAUAUCCAAAUGACGAUUCCCAAACGGAACGUAACUGCGACCUGAAUUCCACUACUAACCACUCUCCAUCUUUGCUUCUAAGGAACUUUUGAUGGUUACAAUAAAUCUAUAUCAAACAAAACGACAAUCUGAGAAUUUUUGGCUGAAAACAAUUGAGAUUUGACAACGGAAUUAAAAGUAGUAUCUUAAAGGCUAAUCUGCCAACAAAAAAUUAAUAUUUUGAAGAUUGAUGUAUAUUCCUGGUACUUUUCAAUACCUUUUAUAAAGCUUACAUUUUCUUAAGUAAAUUACAGUAAAUAGAAAAUAUCAAUAUAUUUAUUUCAUUUUAAAUUAAUCAGAGCAAACGGUAAUGCUGACUCGGUGAUUAUUUUUAUAUAAUUAAGGGAAAUGAUGGUUUUAUGUACAAUGUUUAUUGUGAAAUCAUGAAAAUGUUUUUAUACUGUACAUCUUUCUAGUGUGAGUUCUUAUAAAAAAAGCAAUAUGAUCAACCAUCUCGUUACAGUUUGAGUAGUUGAAUCCUUAUAUCUUUUAAGAAAGAUAAAAAAAUCGACAUCGAAAAAUCGUUUAUUAAUUGUUUAGUGUGAAAGUGACCCAGUUAUGUCUACAUUUAAAAUAAAUUAACACUAAAAAUGUUGUUUUUCAAUGACUUUUAGGUUAAGGUAUAAGUGAUAUAUAUCGCACUUCAUAAAUGUCACUUUUCAUCAUAGGAUCUGAAGAUUGUUGAAAAUAUGAGUCACCGAAUAUUAUUUUAGAUGAAGUUCCUUGGUAUCAAUAAAACAUUGCAUGUAUAUCGAUUGUGGAAUGCGUUCUAUGUACUUUUACCGAUUUUUUAGAUUUCUUUAUAUAUGGG